UAGAGUAUUCCGAGUGAACUGAUAGUGAACUGUCAAGGUCUAAUAAGCGUUUUCAAGGUUUUGAAAAUACAGGUGAUGGCAUCUGGACAGCAACAGCCGAGCAAGUCGGAACUUGAUGAGAAGGCGAGACAAGGAGAGACUGUAGUUCCUAGUGGGACUGGUGGAAAGACAGUUGAAGCUCAACAGAAUCUCGCACAAGGACGAAGUCGUGGAGGGCAGACGAGGAAGGAACAACUUGGGAGUGAAGGGUACCAGGAGAUGGGUCGAAAGGGUGGUCGCUCCUCCCAAUCUGGAGGAGGAGCGGUGAGGCAAGGCUCCAAGGAUGAUCCAGAGGAUGGUCUAGACGUAGACGAGUCCACAAUGUAAAAGAAGGGGGUUGUUUUUGCCUAUGAAUGUUCUUAAUAAGCCUAC